AUGGUCAGCCCUGCCAUAAAACGAAAAUCAGAGCAUCUCUCCGGCCCUGACUCGAAAAAACCCAAAGCUCCAACCCCACGGUCAAGCAGUUUUGAUAAGGCAAAAUGGGUUGCUUCCCUGACACCAGAACAAAAGGAACUAUUGAAGUUGGAAAUUGAGACCUUAGAUGAGAGCUGGCUGGCUCACUUGAAGGAUGAAGUGGUCAGCACUGAAUUCUUGAACCUCAAGCGAUUCCUGAAGAAGGAGAAAGAUUCCAAUGUCAAGGUUUUCCCGCCAGAGGAGGAUAUCUAUUCUUGGUCCCGACACACCCCGCUGCACAAUGUCAAAGUGGUCAUCAUUGGCCAGGAUCCGUAUCACAAUCACAACCAAGCUCAUGGGCUAUGUUUCUCCGUCCGUGCCCCUGUACGAGCCCCGCCAUCAUUGGUCAAUAUCUACAAGGCCAACAGUCAUUCCAACAAGGGCUGGGAGAAAUUCACACAAAAGGUUAUCGACCUCGUUGCUCGAGUCCGAACCAACGGCGUCGUCUUCCUUGCUUGGGGCCGGCCUGCCGGAACCAGAGUGGCAAAAAUCAACAAAGAGAAGCAUUGCAUCCUACAAUCUGUCCAUCCCAGUCCUCUGAGCGCGCAUAAUGGCUUCUUCAAAAACGGGCACUUCAAGAAGUGCAAUGAUUGGCUUGCUUCGCGAUACGGAGAAGAUGGAAUCAUUGAUUGGAGCCUAGUACCGUCCAAAAAGCCUCUGCCGGCCCCUUGUGUCUCUGACAAGGAUGAUUCAACCGCUUUGACCAACAAAGUGCCAGUUGAGCCUCAACCUGCCAAGACUGAGGAUGUCAAAGUCCAGCCUGGCAAGGUUGAUGAUGAGUUUGAUGAUGAUGAUGCUAUUGAAGCCCUAGUGGCAGCUGAAGCAGCAGAGAAUGUUUCAAAACUAGUUUAG